AUGAGUCCCGUACAGAAACUCGUCGAGCUACGGCAACAAUGGAACGAACGAGCUGGAGCUGAACCAUUGCUUUCGGACAAAGAAGAAGUAGGCGAGGACGCACCUCGACAUGAUCCAAUUUUGGAAAGACGUCAUCGCUGGCUGGAGGCGUGUCGCGCAACGCUGCUCUCGAGACGGUCACUGGUAGAUGCUGUGCUCCUCGCCACUGUGGCGUGGCUAGUUCUAGCAAGGCAGUCUUCGACGAAAGAGUGCCCGAGGGAAGUCGUUGGCGACGUCACGGGUGUCUUUCCCCAAUUCUCGCAAAAAAUCAUCACCUUCAAGCACGACCCCGACUUCGUUCCCGAAGAUGGACACAAAUUCUUCACCAAUGAAACCAAGCAGAAGUGGCUAGACCUAGUACCUAAGGGUCUAGGUUGGAUUAAAGUAGACCAUCCGCGACAGUAUCAGGACCUCCCCGAACCAAUCAAAGACUUUGGAGGACCUGACCAGCCCGUUUUUACAACAUCCGUUACACAUCAACUGCAUUGCAUUUACGGAAUCGCUGAAGCAUACUCCGGCUUGAAAGCGAAUCCAUCCCAGCACGGUGAGCGGAUGCCGUGGCAUGUCAAUCACUGCUUUGACUACCUCCGACAGAGCAUUAUGUGCGCUGGCGAUCUGGCUGUCGAGGGCCAAGAAAAGACAUUCCCCGAUGGUAUUGUGGGAAGCGAUGGAUGGGAUGGGAAGCAUGUCUGUAGAGACUAUGGCGAGAUCUAUGAUUUCUUGGACGAACAUAGGGCGACCGAAGACCAUUGGAUUUGA